GUGUCGGGGUGUCGGCGGGUGUGGAGGUGUCGGCGGGUGUGCAGUGAUCAUGCCGGUGAGGAGCAGGACGAUGAUGGACUCCGUGAAAAUAAAAGCGCAUUUCGGCGGAGACAUGUUGAUCUCGUACCUGGACUUGGGCGUGUCCUUCUCAGAGCUGUGUGAGAAGGUGAGGGAGAUGUGCAGUGUCCAGAAGAACUCACCCAUCACACUCAAGUGGAUUGAUGAUGAAGGUGACCCCUGUACCAUCUCAUCACAGAUGGAGCUGGAUGAGGCGUUUCGGAUUUACAGCAGGAUCAGAGCAUCUGGACUCCUCCUGCACGUGUUUCCCAGUAUUCCGGAGAGGCCGGGAAUGCCAUGUCCUGGAGAGGACAAAUCAAUUUACCGCCGUGGAGCUCGGCGAUGGAGGAAACUGUACCGAGUAAACGGCCAUCUGUUCCAGGCCAAGCGCUUUAACAGGAAAGCCUACUGUGGACAUUGCACUGAAAGGAUAUGGGGUCUGGGGGGUCAAGGCUACAAGUGUAUAAACUGCCGCCUGCUGGUUCAUAAGCGCUGUUAUAAACACGUCCCUCUGACCUGUCAUAGGCAUAUGGAUCCAGUCAUGCCAUCCCAGGAGCCGCUGGUUGAUGAGAGAGGUGGAGAAGAGGAAGUGGAACUUCCCCCAGAGGACACGGAGGACACAGAGGACACGGACAGAACGUUCCUGCCCCACAGUCGGACGGUGGAGAAAGCUGAAGAUGACCCUGAGGGCGUGGUGGACGGAAUGGAGAAGCUGCAGCUAUCAGAGACGCUGACCCUGUCUGAUUUUGAUCUGAUGCGUGUGAUUGGACGAGGGAGCUACGCCAAAGUGCUGUUGGUGCGUCUGAAGAAGAACGAACACGUUUACGCCAUGAAGGUGGUGAAGAAGGAGCUGGUGCACGAUGACGAGGAUAUUGACUGGGUUCAAACAGAGAAGCACGUUUUUGAACAGGCCUCCACGAACCCUUUCCUCGUGGGUUUACACUCCUGCUUUCAAACUGAGAGCCGGUUGUUCUUGGUGAUUGAGUAUGUGAAUGGAGGAGACCUGAUGUUCCAUAUGCAACGGCAACGGAAACUUCCAGAGGAACAUGCCAGGUUCUAUGCUGCUGAAAUCUGUAUUGCUUUGAAUUUCCUGCAUGAGAAGGGAAUUAUUUAUCGAGACUUGAAACUGGACAACGUUCUUCUGGACCAGGAUGGUCACAUCAAACUCACCGACUACGGCAUGUGCAAGGAGGGGAUCAGACCUGGGGACACAACCAGCACUUUUUGUGGGACGCCAAACUACAUCGCACCUGAAAUCCUGCGAGGAGAAGAUUACGGGUUCAGUGUGGACUGGUGGGCUCUUGGGGUGUUGAUGUUUGAGAUGAUGGCUGGUAGAUCUCCCUUCGACAUCAUGACUGACAAUCCAGAUAUGAACACAGAAGAGUAUCUCUUCCAGGUGAUUUUGGAGAAGCCGAUCCGUAUUCCUCGCUCGUUGUCAGUGAAAGCAGCGAGUGUGUUAAAAGGCUUUUUGAACAAGGAUCCAAAGGAGCGGCUGGGCUGCCAGGUUCAGACAGGAUUCACAGAUAUUAAAUCUCACACGUUCUUCAGGAGCAUCGACUGGGACCAGUUGGAGCAGAAGCAGGUUACACCUCCAUUUAAGCCUCAGAUCACUGAUGAUUAUGGAUUAGAGAACUUCGACACACAGUUCACCAAUGAACCUGUACAGCUCACACCGGACAAUGAGGACGUGAUAAAGAGAAUAGACCAGUCAGAGUUUGAGGGCUUCGAGUACAUCAACCCCAUGCUGCUCUCCACUGAGGAAACAGUAUGAGGGAGGAACACGACAGAACGGUUCUGUCAGCUCGCCCGCGGCUCGGAGUGAGCUACGGGGGGGCUUUACUUCUGACUGGGUGACUUCAGCAAGCGAGAGAGAAAAAACUCCCUCCAUCACUGCAUCUUCUCCAACCGCUCCUCUCUCACACUCGUCUUCUCAUCGUCCUCUCGCUCACACACUCUCUCAGACUCAUCUCGAGUUAUUCUGGAGGCAAAAACACAACAAACGAAAAGAGAACUGGAGAAGUUUUACAUUUAGCAAAACUGAGUUCCUUCAAAAAUCAUCCAGAUUGUCUUCCUCCUUCCCAUCAUCCUCUCCGAUUUCAUUAGUUUUUGUGCCUGUGCUCGUCACUACCCAGAAUCCCCUGCUACAGCUCAUUGUUCUGUUUGAGAACUUGAUUUAAUGUGCACUUCUUCUUGUAUUUGUUGUUUUUAACUGAAUCUCAGAUGGAGGCGUGUGCCGAUGUUCAGGUUUAUAUGAUCCAGUUCUGAAGCAGCACAGAGACGCCAUGUGACUUACAGCUGCCUCUCAAUCCCAUCAUCCACUUCACCAGACCAGAGAAUGUGUGAAAGUCACGGAUCAUUUUAUCAUGAUGUCAUCAUUCAUGUGAAACGGGAAAUGAUCACGAUCCGGAGCUGUAGUAUCGGCACAUGCUCACUCCGAACACGAAUGUUAAACACAAUGUUUAAUUAAAAAGAAAAGUUUAAUUAUAAUUUACGGCUGAUGUAUUUACAUAAUGUACAGUAUCUUUUGUUAAAAUCAGAACCAUAAUUCCUUUAAACAAAUCAGCAGACAAACUGUUAAAAAACAAAAAUGAAACAAAAAGUGCCUCAAAGAUCAAAUCUCCACACGAGUCCUCACUAAACUCUAUAAACUUGAAAUAAAUUCUGAGUUUAUAAACACGGAUCUGAAAAGAUCUCACACAGAACACUGGCUGUGUCUCAAACUGCACAAAGUGGUCUUCAUUUAACAUUCAGAACUCAGCCGCAACCACAGACUCAAUUCAGAAGUUACCUGAGAGUUACACACCUGGGGGUGGAGCUUAUCUAAAUACAGAGGCGUGCUUCAGUUACAUGUGAUUCUGAUCUUGAAUUUAAGUGCGUUUGAUUUUAGGAAUCUGAAAGUGGAGCUGAGAUGGCCCCGCCUCUUCCCCUACACAGAUCGGUCUGCUGCUGCUGAGUGUAAACUCCGCCCCCUGGUGUUACUGCACCACGCCUCAGUGCAGGUCUGAGACACGGCGCUGUUCAGUGGAUUAGAUAUAAUCAGAUUAUAGUCCGAUAAUCGCGCUUACAUCACAAUACUCAACACACACACGUGGAUAAAAUGCAGAUUUCUGUAAAAAUCCCUCCCACUUUGUUCCAUCUCAGGUUCUUUAAUCAGGACGAAUCUGAAGGUCUGAAUGAGAUGCAUGAAGACGUGAGUUGCGGCGAGUAUAAAACACACUGGUGAUAAAAAUGUUCUGAAACGAUCACAGACUCGAACAGCACAACACAGGAGCGGACGCUGAAAACAAGAGUUUCAAUUUCAUUCUUCAAUUCUUUUGCAGUCAAUCAGCUGAGAUGUGUUUGGAUUGUGAAGCUAUGAGGCUAACGCUAACGUAGCUAAGUCACGCUCAGUCAUGAAAGUCCGUCUCGCCCACAAUUUCCCGUCACUCAUCACGGAUCUGAACAACGGAACCUGAUUUCUUCAGAACACCAUCCUGAACAUCUGGAAUCACCUUUUCCUUUCACUCCGUUUGAUAUAGCCCCACCCCCUCUAUGUCCCACAUGCACAUGGAUGGUUAUUAUAAUAAUAAUAAUAAUAAUAAUAAUAAUUCAUUAAGAUGAAAAUCCUCACAUCCCCGUAGUAAUUAAAGCACACACACACACACACACACUAAUGAACGCAGACUCAGUCCGGUGAUGCAGAAUCUGAAUCUCGGCCUAAUCAGAGAAAAUGAUGAAUAAAAACACAGAGAAAUGUUUGCAUUGUUUUUACUGCAAUCUUCAGUUUAUUUCGGCCAAUCACAGACGACUUCGGCGAGAACGUUUUGAUGUCUUUGCUUUGUUUGGAUGUGGAGAUGGAGUUUAGCGUUCAUCCGCCCUGCGUGAGGAAUGCUCGCAGUGCUAAUAGGAUUAUUUAGCGCUGUGUGUGUGUGUGUGUGUGUGUGUGUGUGUGUGUGUGAGUGAGAUAAUGAGCUGAUGAUGAAGCAUGUUGUUAAUGAAGCAAAGAUUUCAGGAUGAUAUUCUAUUCAAA